ACGUGACCCGCCGCAGCUCCUUUAAAGCGGCCACAUGCGGCGGGGCCGCCACAAUCACGGCGGAGGAGGAGGAGGAAGGACGGGAGCGGCGGGAGGAAGAGCGGGGCCGGUCCCGUCCCGGCGGGCCCCGCCGUGCCUGUGAGCCCGCCCGCCCGGGCGGGGAGCGGAGCAGCGGAGAGGAGCGGGGCUAACAGCGUGCGAAGAUGGCUGGGGCCAUCAUCGAGAACAUGAGCACCAAAAAGCUGUGCAUCGUCGGGGGGAUCCUGCUGGUGUUCCAAGUCAUCGCCUUCCUGGUGGGGGGGCUGAUCGCUCCCAGCCCCACUACAGCUGUUCCUUACAUGUCAGUGAAGUGCAUUGAUGUAAGGAAGAACCACCACAAAACCAAGUGGCUGAUGCCCUGGGGACCCAACCACUGCGAGAAGCUCAAGGACUUCGACGAGGCGGUGAGCAGGCAGAUCGAAGCCAACGACAUCGUGUUUGCUGUGCACAUUCCCCUCCCCAGCAAGGAGAUGAGCCCCUGGUUCCAGUUCAUGCUCUUCAUCAUGCAGCUGGACAUCGCGUUCAAGAUGGACAAUGACCUAAAAGAGAAUGCAGAGAUCACCCUGGAUGUGUCACUGGCGUAUCGUGAUGACAUGUUUGAUGAUUGGAAGGAAAUAGCACAUGCAAUAGAGAUCAGGAAGCUGAAAUGCACCUUUGGCUCACCAAAAACCCUGGAGUCCGAGGGCCGUCACUACGACUGUGACUUCCUGCCCUUCAUGGAGAUCGGCAGCGUGGCUCACAAGUACUACCUCAUCAACAUCCGCCUGCCCGUGAACGAGAGGAAGGGCAUUAACGUGGGCAUCGGGGAGAUCAAGGACAUCCGCCUCGUGGGCAUCCAUCAGAACGGAGGCUUUACAAAGGUGUGGUUUGCCAUGAAGACCUUCCUCACGCCCAGCAUUUUAAUCAUCAUGGUCUGGUACUGGAGACGGAUCACGCUGAUGACACGCGCUCCUGUGCUGCUGGAGAAGGUCAUCUUUGCUCUGGGAAUUUCCAUGACGUUCAUUAACAUCCCUGUGGAGUGGUUUUCCAUCGGAUUUGACUGGACUUGGAUGUUGCUCUUUGGAGACAUUCGACAAGGCAUUUUCUAUGCCAUGCUCCUGUCUUUUUGGAUCAUCUUCUGUGGGGAGCACAUGAUGGACCAGAAUGAGCGGAAUCGUCUCUCAGGGUACUGGAAGCAGGUUGGACCCAUAGCUGUUGGCUCCUUCUGCCUCUUCAUCUUUGACAUGUGUGAGAGGGGAGUGCAGCUGAAGAACCCCUUCUACAGCAUCUGGACCACUGAAGUUGGCACGGAGCUGGCUAUGGCCUUUAUUAUAGUUGCGGGAAUCUGCCUGUGUCUCUAUUUCCUCUUCCUGUGUUUUAUGGUCUUCCAAGUGUUCAGGAACAUCAGUGGGAAGCAGUCAAGCCUCCCAGCCAUGAGCAAGGCUCGUCGCCUUCAUUACGAGGGGCUGAUUUUUAGGUUCAAGUUCCUGAUGCUCAUCACCCUGGCGUGCGCAGCCAUGACCGUCAUCUUCUUCAUCGUGAGCCAGGUGACUGAAGGCCACUGGAAGUGGGGGGACAUCACGAUACAAGUGAACAGCGCCUUCUUCACCGGCAUCUAUGGGAUGUGGAACCUCUACGUGUUCGCCCUCAUGUUCCUGUACGCGCCAUCACACAAGAACUACGGUGAAGACCAGUCCAAUGGUGACCUGGGAGUCAACAGCGGGGAAGAGCUCCAGCUCACCACCACCAUCACCCACGUGGAUGGGCCCACAGAGGUUUACAAGCUGGCUCGGAAGGAGGCUCAGGAGUAACGCUGAGGUGGCCUCACUGGGACCCCGACAGGGGUGGAGAGCAGAGGGCAGCACAAGGCCCGUGGCAGGAGCCCUGUCCAACCUGCCUUGCUCCUCGAGCACCCCGUGCCUCGUGUGUUUCACAGGCAGUGGCACCGAGCAGAGCAUUUGUAAACUCUUUUUAACCUGGUGUAGUCAUUUCUGGGGGGAGGGAUAUGUCCAUCGCGUUACACUCCAGCACGUAAAAACCGGACAGAAAAGCAUUAAGGUUGCAAAGUCGCCUGUUCAGACAUUGGGAAGGGGCAGAGCUGAUGUUGGGCAGUUGUUACUUGGCUGUUGUGUGCCUGUGCAUAAAAGUGGUGCCAGGGGUCAGGCAGGGAGCAUGGAUUUGGUACUUGGAGUUUCCUCCUCAUGUGCAACUUAAACAGGGUGUUAGUUGGGGAAGACUUCAUUGUAAGAACAUUUAAUUCCACCAUCUAUAAUUGUAUUGAGCCUUGGUUGAGGUGUUUAGUACAGCCCUGCAGCAAACCUCUGUCACUUGAGUGAAGCACAGCUGGGGGAAGGAGUAGCCUGUGUGCAGUACAUAAGGUUCUAGUAGAAGCAGCAACAUGCUUUCUUAGUAGGUUUUACAGCUGUUUGUUAAAUACAGGGGAGUGUGAAGCUGGAUGCCUGAGCUAGUUGCAGGAGAAAGAAGGGCUCCUAUCUUGAGUUCCCAGAGGAACUGGUCUCACAGCCUGUCCUCAGCCCCUUUGGCUUCCCUUGCUGUUGUUGUCUUCCUCUUUUUGUUAUGGCUCAUUCAUUCUUACAUGCUUACAUGCCAUGGGGAGAAGAGAAAGGCCACAGAGGCACAGUGUGUUCUUGGUUCCUGUGCCUCUGAGCUCCUCCUUGCACUGCUGGCGUGGAGCACGCUUGGCAGAGCUUGAUUUUCCAUGGAUUAUUGAACUGAUGUAGAUAUUUGCUUUUACAGACCAGAAUCAGGCAAUGAGGUCGCUCACCCCUGUGCUGUGUCUGGGCAGGUCUGGCUGUGACACUGCAGUGGGUCAGGGGAGUGGGGACUGAGCUGGGCUGGAGCUUAAACUGGGCUGUGCUGGGGACCAGCGAAGAGAUGCAUUAAUGGUGUGUGUGGGGAGAAGCAUGGCCAGAAGGGUCUGUGCUGCUCAGGGCACAUCUUCCAGAGCCUGGAGGAUCCAGAGGGCCUCAUUAACUGGCCCUAGCAAACAUCUGUAUUAACUGCUAGUAACAUGUAACUCACCCUCCUGGUUUUGUCCCUAAAAGAAUCUCCCACUGCUGUCUGAUAGUGAAGGGUCAGAGAUGAGGGAGAGAGGGGAAGCUUCCAAAGCCAGCAACAGUCAUUGCAGGUACUGGUCCUGGAAAAAGGGACAUGUUGUUCUUGGAUUCUUAAAAUUUAUGAAGUUGCAAAUCAAUUGGCAGAGUAGUAAGGUUACAAAAUGGAAGUAAAAUGAGAAAUGCCAGAAAUGGGAUCAUCUGUGAAACCUUAAUCUGCCUCUAGCCAGUGUGCGCAUCACUCUGCAGUUAAAGCCCGUAUCUGCUGGCUCUGCUGUCACAUUGGGGCUUGUGUCCUGGGGCUCUGGGCAGGAGCUGAGGCUGUGCAGGGAGGGCUCUGCUUUGUACUGGGAGGUGCUGGUUCAUCACGAUUCCCACCCCAGCAAACAGCUCGUGCUCGGUGACGCUGGUCCCUGCCUGCCCUGUGCACCCACCCGCUGUCUGCACAGGGCUGCUGCUGCUGCGUUCAGCUCUAACCACCCCUGUCACCAUGUCAAGCAUGUUAGGCACCAAAUACAGCACCAGCAUUCCCUGCCUUUUGCUUUCCCUUCCCCGUGUUUCUGGAGAUGAGUCAGUACUUCAGCUGGGGUGAGGUGUUCAAAUAAUCAUAGAGUCCUACAAUGGUUUGGGUUGGAAGGGCCCUUAAAGCUCAUCCAGCUCCAGCCCCCUGCCCCGGGCAGGGACACCUUCCACUAGAGCAGGUUGCUCCAAGCCCCUGUGUCCAACCUGGCCUUGAACACUGCCAGGGAUGGGGCAGCCACAGCUUCUCUGGGAAAAGUCUGUGCCAGCGCCUCAGCACCCUCACAGGGAAGAGCUUCUGCCUCAGAGCUCAUCUCAGUCUCCCCUCUGGCAGGUUAAAGCCAUUCCCCUUGUCCUGUCCCUACAGGCCCUUGUCCAAAGCCCCUCUCCAGGUUUCCUGGAGCCCUUUUAGGCACUGGAGCUGCUCUAAGGUCUCAGCAGCACCUCAGCUGGGAUGCAGGCUCAGAGCUGAGGAACAUUGAACCUAUCACUCCGGGUGAAGUCCCUCAUGUGCUGCUGCGUCUGAGCACAUGGAGUCACUGUAGCACAGAAGAAGUGCCAGGAACUACUUUGGGAAGUAGCUCUGGAUUACUUGGGAUACUUGAAUGGAACACUCAUCACUUCUUAUAAGUUUGGGUUGGUUUGUUUCAAAGUGGGCUGAUGGUGCCCCUGUACUGAAAGGAAAUGUGUUUUAAAAGCAAAAAUAAAGGAGGGGGCACACUUGCUGUAUGUGGAGCAAGUGCUGGGACUGCAGCUUCAGCAUGAUGGCAAAACGUAACCUGUGAGCAAUGCACACAUGGAAAGUAAGCACUGGCAGGUCCAAGGAUUGAAUCCUAAGGUCUAGUUCCAACCCUCAACAAGAAACGAGCAACAUUCCUACUUGCAGUAGUUGAGGUAUAAAGUGAACUGAAUCAGUGCACAUCACCCUGAUUCCAGCAUGUUCCUGCCCAGUGCUCGACUUUGCAACUUUAACGUCCUUUUUACGUUGGGUUCUUACGUGAUAUUUAUGUUGUUCCCAUACAUGUGUCCACAGUUUGUUUCACAGCUUAGGGUAGCACUGUGUUUUGUAAAGGCUCCUCACACUGGGGGAGCUGCAGCUUUCAAACCAAAUCGUGUGUCAAACACUAACAAUCUGUUUACGGGGGGGGGUGUAUGUGUGCGUGUGGGGGGGUUUUUUACUUCCUAAUUCCUCAGCCCUACUCAUGUCUCAGAAGUAGUCCCUGGCUGUUAUUAAAAUAUAUUCCUUUUUUUGGUUAGGUCGAGUUCAGUUUUUACAGAAUGCUUUAAGCAACCUGGAAAACGUGUAGUUUUGUUAAUUUAAAUAAAAUAUACACAUUGUGGA